GACGCUGCAUUUGUGGUACGAUAUCAGAUUCCACUGGAAUAAUCGCAGCGUUACAAUCGUCUACAAGAUUUCUAACUUGUUCCAAUGUUCCCUGUGAUAACGAUAAAAUUUUAUUGAUCCCUUUCUUUAUCCUAACAAUCGCCUGUUUAUUAUUAUGCAACCCCCGUCAAACGCUGAAAACUGGUAAUUCUGGUUUUUACGCCUUCUCGCAACCGACGUUGUAUUUCAUCAGAACAACGGGGAUUGGUGGAUUACGGAGGCCGUGGCUGGUGCGUUCAACCGCCAUGUGAUUUCCGCUCUUUUCGCUUGAUUUCUAAUCCGCGAUGUUGGACACCGAGACCUGCUCCAGCGGGGGGUCCCCCGCGGCCCCCUGGACGCGGGAGGGGAGCUGUUCCGCGGACGGGGCGGGCAGCUGGCUGACGAGCUGUUCCGGAGUGUGGUGUGUUUUUGUUUACGUGCCGCUGCUGAUCCUGACGGGAUGGGUUAUGUGGUGGGUGGCCCGCGGGAUGACGAUCCUCUGGAUCAGGAUCCGCGGGAAGGUGUCACUGGGGCUGAAGAACGAUCCGGCGGAGGAGCCGCCUGUCAGUGGACCCAGUAAGGAGGAGGCGCGGGAAGGACGGCGGGAGGCCCGGGUGGCGGGCGGCAGCGGCGGGAUGGGGAAGAAGUUCCCGAAAAAGGAGAAGGUCCGCUUUUACUACAAUAAAGUCCUGCAUCGCGUCAACUCAUGGCGCUACGCGGAUUCCCCGGGCGGCAAGCAGCGUCUCAAGACCCGCCAGAUUGUCCGCAAAUUCGCCGACAACCUGCUGAACCGCGUCAAACUGAAGGGCCGCUUCCGGCGCCGCGGCAGCGAGUCCAGCGCCCCGCGGCUGCUGCAGAAGGAGCUGCCGGCUUCGUACUUGGAGGAGCAGGCUGGCGCGGUGAGCGGGCGUCUGAACGCGGCGCUCCCCUCCGAAGUGCUGUCGAUGAUGCGGGCCAUCCGCGUGUUCGGCCAUCUGGACGAGGCCGUCUUCCUGGAGUUGUGCCAGCAGAUGGCCUCGGUCACCAUCGAGCCGGGUGAUUUCCUCUUCCGCCCCGGCGAUCCCGACGACUGCGUGUACAUGGUGCAGCGCGGACGACUGCUGGUCUUCAUCUACGACCAGGACACCAAACGAGAAUUGCCGCUGAAGGAGGUCAAAACCGGGGAAAGUAUUGCCAGCAUGUUGAGUAUCCUGGACGUGCUGUCCGGGCACCAGCACCCCUUCAAGACGGUGACGUGUCGCGCGAUAGAAGAGAGCCUGGUGAUCCGCAUGCCGGUGACGGCGUUCGGCGGCGUGCUGGAGCGCAGUCCCGAGUCGUUGGUGCGCGUCGUGCAGCUGAUUAUGACGCGGCUGCAGCGCGUCACCUUCUCCGCGCUGCGCGAUUAUUUGGGCUUGACCCACGAACUGAUGAAGUCCGACAAGCACGGCGGACUGACGCCGCUGGAGCCGGUACCGGCGGUACGCAAUACCCCCGGAAACCUCGCUAACCAAGCGCAUAUGACGCCUGCGCACGGUGUGCACGCGCAGAGCGUGGACGAGACGGGCAAGCACUUCCGCUCGCAGUCCAUCGUCACGCUGCCCUGGAAGGUGUCCGUGCCGGUGCCCCUCUCCCCGCCGGCGACGACGGACGGCGCCGCCCCGCCCCCCUGGGCCUUCACCAGCGGCCGCCCACCGCUGCCGGUGCGCAGUCUGGACGACGAUUUCGCCCGCAAGCCUGAACGCGCUAACGUGGAGGGGGAAGUGGGCGACCGGUUGCAGUACUCGCUGAGCAUCAAGGAGCCGGACAAGAUGACGCCCUCCCGCCGGCCGUUGGGCCGCUCCGUCUCCGUGGUGGAGGAGGCCCAUUUACCGGAAGACGACGACUUCGAGCGGGCCCGGCGGGAUUUAGUGGAGCUGUUGGGCCUGAAGAGCGUCGCCGUGUUGGAGGACCGCAUGGUGUACAAACGCGUCCCCUCGGGCAUGUAUCUAGUCCAUGAAUUCGACCAGGACAGCAGUCUGUACUACAUCGUCUCCGGCUGUCUCAGUGUCUCGCAGAAAUCAUUGGACCGCACCGAUAAGAACGCGCAUCUCUUCGUGGCGGUCAAGGGGGAACUGGUCGGCACGUUGGCCGUGUUGACGGGAGAGCCGAGUAUGUUUAAUAUCCGCGCCAAGACCGUCUCCCGAAUUCUCAUGAUAACCAGAGCGGAUUAUUUUGAGUUGCUGCGCGAGUAUCCGCAGAUCGCGUUAAGCACCGCGCACAGUUUCGUCAAGCGCAUGACACCGUUCGUGCGGCAAAUCGACUUUGCCCUGGACUGGGAACAGGUGGAAUCGGGUCACGCCAUCUUCCGGCAGAACGACGAAGCGGACUGCGUGUACGUCAUUCUGAACGGGCGGAUGCGCGCCGUCGUCCGCAAGACGGACGGCAGCAAGGAGGCCACCGGGGAGUACGCCCGCGGGGAUCUCGUCGGCCUGACGGAGGUGUCGGUGCACAAGCCGCGCAUGACCACCGUCAUCGCCGUCCGCGACUCGGAGAUCGCCAAGAUCCCCACCCACGUGUUGGAGUACAUCAAACUCAAGUAUCCCAAGGUGGUCACGCGGCUGAUUCACAUCCUGGGCGACCGCGUCUUCCACCAGAUGCAGAGUAGAUUAGCCGGCGCCCCCGUCGCCACGGUGACCGCCACCGGGGAUCCGGCCAUGGCGCCCUCCAACCUCACCACCGUAGCGGUGUUGGCGGUGAACGGGGAUGUGCCGCUGGACGCCUUCUGUCUGGAGCUGGACUGGUCGCUGCAGCAGCUGGGCACGACGCUGCGCCUGACCAGCCGCUUCGUGGAGCAGCUGCUGGGGGCGGCUGCCCUGGAGCCCGUCAAUGAAUACCGGUUGGCGACGUGGCUGGGCAUCCAGGAGGACUCGCACCGCAUGGUGCUUUUCCAGUGCGACGAGAGCAUGACCACCUGGACGCGCCAGAGUCUCCGCCAGGCCGACUGUAUCCUCAUCGUCGCCAACGGCGACAAACAGCCAACGAUUGGCAAUUUGGAGAAGCAGCUGGAUGUGAUGGAUCUGCGCGCCGAGAAGCGGCUGGUCCUGUUGCACCGGCCGGACGCGGUCAUCCCGAAGAACACCGCCGACUGGCUGAAUAUUCGCGGUUGGCUGUCGGCGCAUCAUCACAUUAAAUGUCCGAAACGCCUGUUCCUCCGGAAGCCGGCGACGUGGUUCGAGGAAUACUACGAGCAGAAGCGCACGGCUAUUCCGGACAAAUUCUCGGAUUUUUCGCGCUUAGCGCGCAUUCUCAUGGGCAAAUCCAUUGGAUUGGUCUUGGGCGGGGGCGGGGCCAGGGGCGCUGCCCAUGUCGGCGUUAUUCGCGCCAUGCUGGAGGCCGGGGUGCCCAUCGACAUGGUCGGCGGCACCAGUAUCGGGUCGUUUAUGGGAGCGUUGUGGUGCGAAGAGCGCAAUCUGACCCGCUUCGUGCAGCGCGCCCGCGCCUGGUCGAUGGGGAUGAUGUCGCUGUGGAAGCGCAUCAUCGACCUGACCUACCCCUACACCAGCAUGUUCAAGGGCACCACCUUCAACGAGGCCAUCGAGGCGACGUUCAAGGACCGCCAGAUCGAGGAUUUAUGGAUUCCGUAUUUUAAUAUAACCACUGACAUCACGGCGUCCGCCAUGCGGGUGCACAAAGCCGGCAGUUUGUGGCGCUAUGUCCGCGCCAGUAUGUCGUUGUCGGGCUAUCUGCCGCCGCUGUGUGAUCCGGAGGACGGGCAUCUGCUGCUGGAUGGCGGUUAUGUGAAUAAUCUCCCCGCUGAUGUCAUGCAACAGCAGGGUGUGAAUUAUAUUGUGGCGGUGGAUGUGGGGAGUCAGGACGAUCAUAACCUGACGAACUACGGCGACGAACUGUCCGGUUGGUGGCUGCUGUGGAAGAAGCUGAACCCCUUCGCCACGCCGGUGCGCGUGCCCAACAUGGCCGAAGUGCAGACGCGGCUGGCCUUCGUCAGCUGUGUCCGCACGCUGGAAAUGGUCAAGAAGUCCGACUACUGCGUCUACGUCCGGCCGCCCAUCGAGAGCUUCAAGACCCUCGAGUUCAACAAAUUCGAUCUCAUCGCCUCAUUGGGUUACGAUUAUGGGCGGAAUUUCUUCGGGGAAGACAAGAUCCGCUUAAAAGUGGAGGAGCUCUUCACCCGUGAAGUCCGGCGCUGUGCCGGCGUGGGCACGGUGCACUCGGUGAAGGAGACGGCGGAGCACGCGGCGGCCGGCGCCCUCCCCGGCUUCCAGUACAGCUUCACGGACCUCGCGCAGAUCGUCUCCCAGAUGAAGAGCAGCACGGCGUCUCUAAGCGAGAGCGGGGAGAUGUCCUCCUCCAGCAAGGAGGAGGACGAGGAACUCGACGAAGUGGACGCGGAGGACGCCGCGGCAGAGGAUACCGAGGAGGCCGAGGAACGGGCGUCGUCGGCCGGCGACGGUCUGGAGAAGACGGAGGAAUAAUUUGUACAUAAAGCGAUAAUGGAAUAGGACCGCGGUUCUAUUUUGUUGGUUGACGGAACUCGGAAUAUAAUGAUUAAUAGGAACAGACGCGGACAUUGGUUCAGUUUUGUUCGUUGGCGGAAUUCGGGUUGAUGAUUAACAGAAACAGACGGGUGGUAUUCGUAUUUUGGAUUGCGGCGUUAGAGGUGAAAUUGGAGCGUUGCAAGACGAAUGUAUAUUUGUGAUUUCGGGAGACCCAUGACGUGAUGCUACCAAAGAAAGUGAAGCCCUGCCUUUUCGUGGAGACGUGAUGCAGUCUGCGUGUUUAGUGAUCGCCGUGUGAAUAUGCGCUUGUGUGCUUUGUCCCGUGCAACGUUCAGACAGUUAAGUUAUUUUUUUCGCAGUUUAUUUUCUCAUCGCAGUUUUCGUUGAUUAAAGUUGCAGUGUGCG